UCCUUACAUUAGAACUUUGAUCAUAAGAUCUAGAAAAAUCUAGAUCUCUAGAUCUAGGCUAGAAUUGAAAGAACAUUUUUUUACUUCACAAACAUUUGAAAUUGGACAGUGAUCUUCAUCCAUUUCAUCUAGAAAAUCUAGACAUAGAAAACUUGUAUUAAAUGGCUGGGCAGGUGUGUUUUUUGUUAGAAAGCAGUCCUCAUACAUUUUUGUUGUUUCAAAGUGAAAGUAGGCCUACUGACCCUACUGCCGAAGUCGAGAAACAGAGAAGUGAAUGGAAAAAUCCCCUUUUCUCUGAUAGGGAAAGAUAUGGUGAAUUUCAUACGUUGUUUCCACAUCUGAUAAAGCAGCCUGCUAAAUUUGUUGAAUAUUUCGGAAUGAAUUAUGAAACUUUUAAGUAUAUACUGACUGGCAUUGACAUUGUAAUAAAGCCAAAAGGAAUGGAAAGUAAUUUUGAAGUCUGCAUCUCACCAGAAGAAAGGUUGGCUUUGACAUUAAGGUUUAUGUCAACUGGCAUAGCAUUCAGAUCUCUUUCGUUUUUAUUUCGCAUUUCACACUGUGAUAUUUCUAAGAUAAUAUACGAGACAUGUAUUGCUAUUUGGGAGCAAUUUGUGCUAAAGCACAUGCCUUAUCUCACAGAAGAAUUGCUUGAGCAGACUGCUAAAGAAUAUGAGAAUAUCAGAAGGUAUCCAAACUGUGUCGCCACUAUCAGCAGCAUUCAAUUUUGCAACAAGUGUCCAAAGAAUUCUGAUUUGGAUGACAGCAGCAGUAAUAAACUUUAUUAUAUUAAUCUUCAAGGACUGGUUGAUUCAAAAUAUAAAUUUUUAAGUGUAGAGGCUGUAACUAAUGAACAUCAAAAUGAGGGUUCUUUUUUCCUUGAGUCAGCUCUGUAUAAACACCUAGAAGAAGGGACUUUCCCAUUUCCUGGACCAAGGCCAUUACCUGGCACAGCUACCAAACAUCCUUAUGUUGUAGUUGGAGACCAAAGGUAUCCUUUGAAGGAAUAUCUUAUGCGUCCCUAUACAUCAGGAUCUGAAAAGAUUUCACCUACAAUUGAAGCUUUUAACAUUCGACAUAAUCAAGCUAAAGAAGCAGCGGAUCGAGCAUUUGGUAUUUUAGUUGCCAAAUGGAAAUGUUUAAAGACAGGGUUACAAAUGGAUCAACAGCAUGUUGAUACAUUAGUUACAACUGCUUGCUUAUUGCACAAUAUAAUAAUAGAUAAAGAGGGGGUUAUGGAUGCAAAUAUGUUGCCGAAUUCUGUUUCCGUGACUAAAAGUAGUAGAUCAUCUGUUACAAGAUCACAGUGUAGAUUAAAGAACUACAACAGAGCUAGUCAGGAAGCACAUAAAAUUCGGGAUAUUUUCAAAACAUAUUUUAAGUAUCAUUAUUAAAAACUGUUUUAUUUAAAAACUUGUUCUGAUGGAAAUAUUGCUUUUAUUUUAGUAAACAUGUAAUUUAUACAGUUAUAGCAGUGUUUUUAACCUAGUCAACAACUAGGCAGAGGUCUGACACUUGUAUUGGAAAUUCGCUGGUAUAAAUAAAGUUAUUUUAGUUGGUCGAAUUAAUUUAUUUUCCUUGACCAAAGACUCAUGUUAAGUGUCAAUUACGUAAUGUAAAUUGAG